GUUAGCUCCGUUAGCUUAACUCUGUGAAAUGACGUAUCCGUUAACUCUGGGUAUAAACACAGAUCCUCCGUUCUCCUGUAAUGAGUCACUUUGGAGCUUUUGAGGACGGAUAAACUAGUUUGACUGGAGUCAGACCGACCACACACCGACAGAGACCCGGACUCUGACCCCGAAUCCCCGUCCUCUGACCGUGCUGUAGCCCGGUACAGCCGCUGCUCUGCCCCGCAGCUCUCUGUGGAUGUUACCGGGAAAAGUGGCGUCAUGGAGUCCCACUGGAGCCUCCGCUUCUCGGACACGGUGAGGUAACGUCCUGAGGCUUCAGACUACCUGUUGCCGGUGGUCGGUGACGCAGACUGAAGAUGAACAGAGCCGCCGCUGCUCUGGUCCCGGUGCUGCUGCUGCUCAGCGGCCGAGCGGCGUUCACUGCCGCCCGGUCCCUGAACCCACCGCAGGAUGGGGAUGGAGGGGCUCUGGCAGAGACCGGACAGACGGACAGGACCGACAGUCUGACCGCCCCGGUGUCAGGUAAAGGUGGUAACAGACGCCGUUUCCUGCUGCAGAAAACCCGUCCUUUCAUUCUGAUCGAUGGACGGAGACAAAGCCUCACCGAAGCUUUACAGGACAGUCAUCCUGACCGACUGCAGUGUGGUUUGGAGUUUGGGGGACGACUCUACAUAUUGGACCUGGAGAAGAACCGAGGUCUGCUUCCCAAACCUCCAAACAUCUUCUACUACCUGCCCAAUGGCACUGGUGUGUCUGUCAGAGCUCAUCCUGUGACUCACUGUUACUACCAUGGCAGUGUCCGAGGAUUUCCUCAGUCCAGAGUAGCUUUGAGCACCUGCUCCGGCCUCCGUGGUGUCAUCGCCAUCAACUCUACUCUGAGCUUCGAGCUGCAGCCACAAGAGGAUGAAGAGGAGGAGGAGGAGAGGGGAGGGGACAUUGGAGGAGCAGGAAGUGGAAGCAGCAGUGGAGGAGGAGGAGGAGGAGGAGGAGGUGAAGAUGGAGUCCACCUGUUGUACUCCACUAGUCCUCUGGAGGGUGACGGCGCUGGAGGCUGUGGGGUUUCACACACUGCUGUCCCUCCCAUUCACAGCUCCACACAUUCACACAGGAGGAAGAGAGACAUCCUGUCUGAGACCAAAUACAUCGAGCUGGUGCUGGUGGCCGAUCACCAGGAGUUUCUAAAUUACCAGAAGAACAACAAGACCAUCAUCUACCGCAUGCUGGAUGUGGCCAACCAGGUGGACUGGUUUUACCGUUCUCUUAAUGUUCGUGUGGCCUUGACGGGUCUGGAGAUCUGGAGCGACCGCGAUAAGAUCCAGGUUGAAAAGAAUCCAACGGACACGCUCAACAACUUCCUGGAGUGGAGAACCAGAGAGCUGCUGCCACGCCUUCGCCAUGACAACGCCCAACUCGUCAUGGGCGGGUCUUUUGAUGGGACCACAGUUGGAAUGGCAUCGCAGUCGUCAAUGUGCUCCAGAGACAGAUCAGGUGGAGUCAAUGUGGAUCACCUGGUCAGUGUUUUAGGCGUGGCCUCGACCGUUGCUCAUGAACUGGGUCAUAACCUGGGGAUGAGCCAUGACACCGCAGAGCGACACUGCUCCUGUCAGAAUGAACCACGGCUCGGUGGAUGCAUCAUGGAACCUUCAACUGGGUUCAUGCCAGGGCAGCAGUUCAGCAGUUGCAGUGCUGCAGAUCUGUCGGUCAGUCUGCUUCACGGAGGAGGGAUGUGUCUGUUCAACGUACCGCAGCCUGAGCGUCUCCUGGGAGGACCGCGAUGUGGAAACCUGUACGUGGAGAAAGGAGAGCAGUGCGACUGUGGCCUGUUAGAGGAGUGUGAGGAUCCCUGCUGUAACGCCUCCACCUGUCAGCUGGUACCUGGAGCUCAGUGCUCCUCCGAUGGCAUCUGCUGCCAAGACUGUAAGCUUCGGUCCGCUGGCUCCAUCUGCCGUGAACCCCUCGGAGAAUGUGACCUCCCCGAGUUCUGCACUGGCUCCUCCCCUUACUGCCCCCCCAACGUCUUUGUGCAGAACGGAGAACCCUGUGAGGACAGCGCCUCCUACUGCUAUGGAGGAGUCUGCACCAGCAUGAACAGCCAGUGUCAGACACUGUGGGGACCCAAUGCUACCAGUGCUCCAGCCGUCUGUUUCUCAUCAGUGAACAAACAGGGAAAUAAAUAUGGAAACUGUGGUCAAAUGGCCAACGGAUCAUACAUCCCCUGUGCAAACUCUGAUGUGCAUUGUGGGAGGAUCCAGUGUCAGGGAGGACGUGAUCGCCCCCUGCUGGGCACUAACGCAGAGAUUAUCACAGUACGCUUCAACAACAGCGACCUAACCUGUAGAGGAACUCUCUUCCACCUGGGAGACGACGUGUCUGACCCGGCCAUCGUAGCCCAAGGCACUGCAUGUGGACCAGGAAAGGCCUGUUUGAACCAGAAGUGUCAGGAUAUCUCUGUGUUCGGGGUGGACGAAUGUCAUGGGAAGUGCAACAGUCAUGGGGUGUGUAACAGUAAUAAGAACUGCCACUGUGACGUGGGCUGGGCUCCUCCUGACUGCAGGUAUUCAGGUCUGGGGGGCAGUGUGGACAGCGGACCGGCUACUGCUGCAUCAGAGUCGGACCCAGUUCGCGUGGCUCUACUGGUCAUCUUCUUCUUCAUUGUGCCUGUGGUGCUCCUCUUCCUCGCCCUUCGCUUCCCUCGGUUUCGGCGGUGUCUGCUCUGUGUGGGAGUCAACAGUCCGUUUCAUAAAGCACGGCAACACAACCGUGUGACUCACUGUGAGAUGUGGGGUUUGCAUUUCGACCCGGCCCACGUCUCCAGGACUCCCGCGAUGGAACGAGUCGAUGAUAGAAAUGGAGAGCAGGUCCGACCGCUGAGAUACCACCUGAACACGCAGACUGAAAUCCCUCUGACCCCACCCCAAAAAGAGGUUCAUGACAGACCUGCUCCUCCCACUAAGCCACUCCCCCCUGACCCCGCUCUAAAACCCCCUCAGCAGUCGGCUAAACAGCGCCCGGCCCCCCCCACCAAGCCUCUGCCCCCUGACCCCCCCACCCCAGCCAAUCAGCCGCUGGUGAGUCGACCAGCCCCGCCCAACAAGCCACUCCCCCCUGACCCCGUGUCACCUGCGCAGGUUCCUGUUCCACUCAAACCCAUUGUGCCUAAGAAGCCCCGCUCACUGGCUCCUCUGGCCCCGCCUCCUCCCCCUCAUCACCCAGGUCACGCCCCCAACAUCAAACCAACGCAAAACGCCGCUGUCGCACCUGCAGCUGUCCCAAACAGACGCCCUCCUCUUCCUCCCAUACGACCCAGAAUGCCUUGCAAAGUGGACUCGUCUCCGCCGCUGUGAGCUCAGGAUCAACGGCCGCUGCUUUUUUAAAUAAACUGACCUGUCCUGCUGUUGGAGUGGAUCCAGAGUCGUCAGAUUCCCCAGUGUACAUAAACGUAACACAGCGGUGCCUUGCUCAGCGGCUCCUCAGCAGUGAAACCUGAGGAGUGGGCUUUAUCUGAACCGAACAGUGCUCCCCCCCUUGCAGCGACAGAAAUGGAGGGGGCCAGUGCCUUGAUGAAGGGCCUCGUACAGGAAACAGGAAAAGACUAAACGGUUGUCAAACUGUGGUGUGCGGACCUGUGGAGGACCCUGAGGAGGUUGAAUGUGGACAGAUGAACCGUUCAUCUUCACAACAAAACUUUGACUCAAACUUUCAGCCAAUGAUCCAGCUUGAGUUAGUCUCUGUUACGUUUCAGCUCCGUUUCACCAAAUGUGUUGUCAGAUUUUAGCAGACAAACCUGUUUUCACAAAUCUGCCAGACAACAUUUAAACUAUCCUCAUAUGUGUCGUAUUUUUGUUCAUUUCUAGAUUAUUUAUGUUUUGUUUUUUUUUUUUAUCCUGCCUUUUAGCAUCUGGCCCCGUUGGGUAACUUUGACUCAUUUACAGUUUCGCAUGUUUGUGUCCUGGUCAAAUAAAGCAAUAAAUACAAAUAUAAUACAAAAGUACAACCCAAAGCAGAAAAACUUGGACUGUGUGACAAGUUAAGACUGAGAAACCUGAUCUGUUUUACACACUAGUACAUUAUCUGACACGUUGGCUCAUGAAGGUCAUGUUUUUGUCAAAAAGAAACAGAUUCCUGCAACAUAUUCAAGAAAAAGUUGACAUGGUAAAGCAUUUUCUGUUUCCAUUUCUUAGACGUGAUCGGGGACUAAAGGCACCACAGAGGCUGAAAGGCUUACAAGUCCCUGUUCACAUCACCUGUCUGAUUGUUAUUUAAUUAUUUUGACUGUUUGUAUUUUAUUUUUCCGACAUUUUCUGGAAUGUGUUGUGGCCUGAAUGUAUGUUUACAAAUGAAGUUGAAUUAUUUUGUUCAUAUCAUUUGCAAUGAAAUAUAAGUCAAAGGAUAUUUCUAUAUCAUUUCUGUCUGUUGCGAUUACCAACAAAUGAACUCCUUCAGAUGUUAGUGCUGCCCUGGUACAAAUAAAUGUGAACAGAGCUGAAACGUGACACAGAUUCAGAUGAAAAACCUUCAGACUUUGAAUCCUCCAUUGGCCUUUUACCUUCGAUGUAGAGGAAAGUCGCCUUCUCCAAAGUGGCCAAGAAUCGAGGACUCCGUCUGGAUUUUCUCAUUCAGAUUAAAUCGUCUCAGCCGUAGGAGGAACUGGUUUGGCCCCAGUGACUGCUGGGAGAUGUGGUUCAGGGUUUUACGUUUUUGUUGACAGUGAGGAAUGUACGUCAGCUCUUCAAACGCCAAAGCUGUUCGACAUUUAGUAAAAUCACUUAAUCUGCCUUCUCACACAGGACCAGAAGAGCCCAUGUUUGAGAAAAAGUGUUUUUCGCUGCUGAAAAUGACGAUCCUUACACAACGCAAACUCCUAAUCAUUCAGCCUCAUGGACUGAUAUAUUGACAGAUUAUUGGCUGAUUUAUUGAUUUGUGCAAAUGCUGGUAACUUCCUAAUGCUGCUGGAAAAUGUCCUCAAUAAACAGACUGUUUCUACUUAA